AUUGCGUUUCAACUUUCAAGUUUCAGCCCUCUUCUCGUGUACAUAUUCAAAUUUCCGACGAGUCGCGCACUCUCACCCCGGAAUAUUUCGGUCCGCAAGUCACAAUUCGUAUCCCAUUAUGGAUACCCGUUUACCGUUGUGGAUUAUUCUCUCGGUUUCGCUAUUCGUUUUAAUCUUAGAAGCGAAAACCAUCGACCCCUACAAGAUUCUUGGGGUUGAGCGAAAUGCAAGCCAACGUGAAAUUCAGAAGGCUUUCCACAAGCUUUCUCUUCAACAUCAUCCAGACAAGAAUAAAAACAAGGGAGCGCAAGAGAAGUUCGCUGAAAUUAAUAAUGCUUACGAAAUUUUAUCUGAUGAAGAAAAGAGAAAAAACUAUGAUAUGUAUGGGGAUGAGAAGGGUAGUCCUGGAUUUGAUGCUGGCUAUUCUGGGGACAAUGGUGGAUAUACUUAUUUCAGGAGUGGUGGACCAGGGCAUGAUCGGUUUAAUUUCAGACCUGGUGAAUGGCAGAGUACGGAUGGCCAGGGAGGUUCCAAGUCAUUCUCUUUUUCUUUUGGUGGUUCUGGUGGUCCAGGAUCAUUUGAUUUUGGUAUUGAUGAUAUUUUUGCCAAUUUUUUUGGCGGUGAAAGCAAAGGUGGGGGUUGGUUUGGUGGUUUUGGUGGUUCGUCUCAGUCUGCCACUAGGAGUUCCCCAAAGAGCAUUAGGACCAUCAAUUCACAGGCCUUUCAGAAAGAAAUAGCUGACCAGGGGAUCACAUGGCUUUUGUUAUCUUACACACCUUCAUUGAAGGAGAAUCAACACUUCGAAUCAAUCAUAGAGGAGGUUGCCAGUUCACUUGGAGGAGCUUUAAAGGUUGGAAGUAUAAAUUGUGACACCGAAUUGUCUUUCUGUAAGGACCUUGGCAUAUAUCCCCGCAGAGCAGCCAGGGUGUUUGUGUAUUCUUAUAUAGCAAGUGAUCGGGGUUCCUUGGUGGAGUACAGUGGUGAUUUGGCUGUGAAGAGUUUGAAAUCUUUUUGCCAAGAACACUUGCCAAGAUUUUCAAAAGGAGUUGACCUGAGUCAUUUUGAAUUUUCCUCUGCGACAGUUGAAAAAUUGCCUAGGGUCAUGCUUCUUUCUAAAAAAAAAGAUACACCUGCUAUUUGGCGAGUUCUCAGUGGGUUGUAUCGCAAACGGUUUGUCCUCUAUGAUUCAGAGGUUCGUGAUGUUACUGAUCCAGCUGUGAAAAGGUUAGGAGUUGAUGCACUUCCUGCUAUAGUUGGUUGGCUAUCAAAUGGGGAGAAGCAUAUUCUUAAAACAGGGAUCUCUGUGAAAGAUCUGAAAUCAGCAGUUCAUGAUCUUAGUAAUUUACUUGAUAGUUUUGAGAAAAAGAACAAGAAGGCAGGAGCCAAGAAAGCACAAGCUGCUACGGUGGAGAAACAUAUACCUCUGCUUACAGGGUCAAGUUUUGAUGCUCUAUGUGGUGAGUCAACUCCGGUUUGCAUUAUUGGUGCUUACAGAUCUUCCAGAGCAAGGGAAAAGCUGGAAUCAAUCCUAUCCAUGGUGUCUCAGAAAUCACUAUCAAGGCGGCGAAUUUCAGCCUUUGGCUCGAGGGAUUCCAUUUCCUACACCCUCUUAGAUGCCACAAAGCAGGCAGCAUUCCUAAAUGCAUUUGACAAAGGAGGAUUUAAAUCCGCAGAUAAGUUGUUAGUGGCCUACAAACCACGGAAGAGGAAGUUUGCAGCUUAUGUAGGUGAAAUGACGACAGAAGAAGUAGAGGGGUUUAUCAGCUCUGUACUUAAUGGGGACAUACAGUUUAAGGAGACACGACAGAAACCAAGCCUCAAGUGAGCGAGCGAAUUUUAACAAGCAGGCCUGGACCAUCUGGUUUCUGGUUUCGUGUACAUGGCCAGAGUGAUAGCGUCAUUAACAUUAGUACAGCAACUAUACAAAAUCGAGGGGGCUAUAGCAAUUAUUAGCAAAGAGAUCUUGGUUCUGAUUUAACCUCGACAUGCCACCUGUAGUCGUCACUUAAGUAGAUUAGA